AGCAUCCGUAGCCAGUUCUCUCAGGGCAGCAGCUUUGUGCAUGGCAUUUAUUUUGAGAAGAGGUUUGGCUUACUCCUAGCGCUACAAGAUGAGUUGCGGAUCAGUCCCAAGGGGUGGUCGCGGCCUGGCUGCUCUACGACAACGGGCUCCCUGCCUUCUGCGCCGACUUCCCGACGAACGGCAGCCUGUGCAUCUAGAGCAAGUGCGCGCUCUACACAGCCAAGGCAAACACACGUGCCUCAGCAUUGCCAAGCCCAGGGGCCUUGCCCAGGUCCAGCUGACCACAUGGAACCCGAUCCUCGGCGACCUAUGCCGCUCCAUGAAAAACUCCAUCGGUGACUCCAUUCGCGUGUCGCCGCCGGGGGAGCCCGACUACACGAUCUCGCCUUACCCGACCACGACCGGCCCGCCAGUGCAGACGGUGCCGCCAGUGCCGCCAAACACUGCGCCCAACACGACCACCAACUGCGUGCUGUACCACUUUGUCGCCGAGGGCGAGCACUGCAACAAGCUGGUAGUCAAGUACAGCAUCUCGCUGCCCAACUUUCUGUUUCUGUGCAUUCCACCGCGCGUGCUACGGCGGUGUAAAAUUGGCCGGCCACUACAGCACCAACAAUAA